AUGGUCAUAGGAAAUGUUUAUGAGGAAAUGAAAGCGCUUGGUGUAAAGCCUAAUAUGACUGUGUAUAACAGUUUGUUGGAUGCUAUGGGAAGAGCUAGGAGGCCAUGGCAGGCAAAGAACAUCUAUGGAGAAAUGCUAAGCAAUGGAUUUCAACCAAGUUGGGGUACCUAUGCUUCACUCAUUCGGGCUUAUGGUAGGGCUCGUUAUAGUGAAGAUGCUCUUAAAAUCUAUAAAGAAAUGAAGGAGAAGGGAUUGGAGUUGAGUGUGGUAUUAUAUAAUACACUUUUGGCAAUGUGUGCUGAUGUCGGACUUACAGAUGAGGCUGUUAACAUUUUUGAGGAGAUGAAAAGCUCGGCCUCAGAGACUUGCCAACCUGACAGCUGGACAUACUCUUCUCUAAUCACCAUCUUCUCUUGUAGUGGGAAGGUCUCGGAGGCGGAAUUCACAUUGAAUGAGAUGAUUGAAGCAGGGUUUGAACCGAAUAUCUUUGUCUUGACCUCGCUUGUUCAGUGUUAUGGAAAAGCAGGCCAGACAGAUGAUGUAGUAAGAACUUUCGAUAGGCUGUCAGAUUUGGGAUUAUCUGCAGAUGAGCGGUUUACUGGUUGUCUUCUUAAUGUUUUGACACAAACAGCAAAGGAAGACCUUCACAAGCUAACUAUCUGCCUUGAGAGGGCAAAUCCGAAGCUUGGUUACAUGGUGAAACUCCUGGUGGAUGAUGAAGUUGAAGAAGAAGAAGGGGCUUUUAAGAAACAUGCUGCUGAACUUUUGGAUUGUGCAACUACGGAUGUCCGGAAAGCGUACUGCAGCUGUUUGAUUGACAUAUGUGUCAAUCUUAACCAGUUGGAGAGAUCUUGUGAGUUGUUAGAUGUUGGACUAACUCUCAAUAUCUAUACAGAUAUUAUGUCUCGAACUGCUACUCAAUGGUCUUUACAUCUGAAGAGCCUCUCCCUUGGUGCAGCUUUAACAGCAUUGCACAUCUGGGUUAAUGACUUGAACAAAGCACUUGAAAGUGGGGAAAAGUUCCCAUCAUUGCUUGGAAUCAACACAGGACAUGGAAAACAUAAAUAUUCCGAGAAAGGUCUGGCAGGUGUAUUUGAGUCGCACCUUAAGGAAUUAAACGCUCCAUUCCACGAGGCACCUGAUAAGGCUGGGUGGUUUUUGACCACGAAGGUUGCAGCUACAUCAUGGUUGGAGUCUAGAUGUGCUCAAGAGGUGGUUGCUGCUUAG